UCCAUGGAAGGAGAACGCGCAGGAGGAAGGCGUGGCCUCCGUAAUGGGCGUGGUUAUAUUUCGAGGCAGGUUGCCUUGAGGCACGUGUCUGCACGAGGCCAAAAGCUGAGGGGGCGUAACGAGUGGUGGUAGUUGGAAGACCCUGUUACAUUUUAUCCCGGUCUUUCCUUGGCUUCUCUUAGGGCGAGUCCUAUCACGUUUCCUGAAAGCGAAACCAAAGCAAAGUCAAAAUUAAGAGCUAGUCCGGUGGGGUUUGUUCUUGACCUCAUCUGAUCAAGCGUUGCUCGUGAGGUUAACGGUUGGGUCUCUUCUUGAUUAGUUCACAUCCAUUGCUUCUUGUUCUGCCUUUGGGCGCUUGUUCUUUUUAUUUCCGUGAGUCAGAACUGGAAUAAUGAGUGGACGGGCUCGUGUCAAAGCCAGAGGACAAUGCUUUCCUGGAAGAGAAACAUUUGGACAAAGCGAUUUCUCAAAACCAGGUUGUUCGGGAGACACUGCUUCUUACAGUGUGCCAGAGGCCACUAGCAGCCAUGUAAGAACUGGAGAAGAAUCAUUGAAAUAUGGCUUUUCUGUUGGACCUUCUGGCUAUACGGUGAUGGAGAGAGGAGGGAGGAUCCAGUGUAAAUUUCGGGACUUGGAAGUGAAUAUUAGAGAAGCAAUGUUACAUGUCAAAGAUUCUAAAACAGGAUCCAGUGGUAUUCCUGUGAAAGUGAUUACCAACCUGUUUAGUUUAGGCUUGCCUAGGGAAUGGCAGCUAUACCAGUACCAUGUAACAUUUAGCCCAGAGCUGGAAUCAAGGCGUUUACGGAUUGCCCUGUUGUAUAACCAUGUUGAAUUUCUUGGAAAAGCCAAAGUAUUUGAUGGAGCAACCCUGUUUCUUGCACACAAGCUUGAGAACCAGGUCACAGAAUUAUCUUGUGAAACUCGAAGAGGCGAUAAUGUAAAGAUAACAGUCCAAUUAACUCACCAGCUAUUUUCCAGCAAUCCUGUGUGCAUACAAUUCUUAAACCUCCUCUUUAAAAAGGUUUUACAAAAGCUGUCAAUGUAUCAGAUUGGACGAAACUUCUACAGUCCUUCUGAUCCAGUGGAAAUCCCUCAGCACAAGCUGACUCUCUGGCCAGGAUUUGCCGUGUCAGUUGGGCACUUUGAGAACAAAGUAAUGCUCUGUGCAGAUGUGAGCCACAAAGUCCUUCACAGUGAAAAUGUUUUGGAGUUCAUGACUAAUCUGUAUAACAAUUCAGACAGGGCACGUUUUGCAGAAAACUGUGAGAAGGAAUUGGUGGGGCUUAUUGUUCUUACAAGGUACAACAACAAAACAUAUCGUAUUGAUGAUAUUGAGUGGUCUAUAAAACCAACAGAUACAUUCCAGAAACGUGAUGGCACUCAAAUCUCUUAUGAGGAUUACUACAAACAGCAAUACGAUAUCAUCUUGACUGAUCUGAAUCAACCAAUGCUUGUUAGCCAACUGAAGAGUAAAGGCAGCCAGUCUGCUGAGUCCCGUGUGGCGCAUCUAAUCCCAGAACUUUGCUACAUGACAGGGCUUAGCAGACAUGCAACUUCAGACUUUCGCUUGAUGAGAGAUCUCGCUCAACACACUCACUUGCCCCCACAGCAGAGACAUCAACAGCUGUCUAGACUUGCUGACAAUAUUCAGAGAAAUAAAGACGCUCGCUUCGAGUUAGAAAACUGGGGGUUGCAGAUUGGGUGCCAGGCAUCCUUGACUGGACGUGUGGUCUCCCCGGAGAAAAUCCUCAUGCAGAAUGAGGCAUGUUCUCCAGUGAACCCUGGGGACUGGUUCAGGGAUUUGCGCAAUAUGAAGAUAAUCAGCGAGACUCGUCUGGAGAGAUGGCUCAUCCUGUAUAGUUACAACCACACAGAUCUGAUCCAUAAUUUUGUGAACUGCUUGAGAAGAGUAGGAAGUCCCAUGAAUUUUCAUGUUCAAUAUCCCAGAAUGGUGCCAAUAAAAGAGGGCCCUAUGUCGUUUGUGAAAGUCCUACAACAGCAUGUGAAUCCCGAGCUACAGCUGGUUUUAUGUUUAUUGUCUUCCAACAAAAAGGAUUGUUAUGAUUCUGUGAAGAAGUUCCUGAGUCUUCACCAGCCUAUCCCUAGCCAGUGUGUGCUUGUCCGUACAUUGUCUAAACAAGGGAUGAUGAUGAGUGUGGCUACAAAAAUUGCUAUGCAGAUCAUCUGUAAGCUUGGAGGGGAGCUCUGGGCAGUUGAGAUACCAUUAAAGUCUCUCAUGGUCGUCGGCAUUGAUGUCAACAAAGACACCAUGAACAAAGGAAAUUCAGUUGUUGGAUUUGUGGCCAGCCUGAAUGCCUCAAUAACUAAGUGGUAUUCGCGUUGCAUUUUGCAGUGUGCAGGAACCAGUAUGGCAGAUUGCUUAAGGAUCUGCAUGGAAGGUGCUAUAAACAAUUGGCAGAAAUAUAAUGGACAUCCACCUGCACGCAUAAUCAUAUACAGGGAUGGUGUCGGAGAUGGGCAGUUGAAACUGGUGAUGGAUUAUGAAGUCCCACAGUUACUAAGUGUCCUUGAUGAAUACAGUGUGGGGGGCAGACCCAAGAUGACAUUGAUCAUUGUGAAGAAGAAAUGCCUCUCUCGCUUCUUUGUUGAGUCUAGCGGAGGCCUGAAGAAUCCCCCUGUUGGAACUGUUAUUGAUACAGAAGCCACCCACCCUAACUGGUACGACUUUUUCUUGAUUAGCCAACUUGCACGCCAAGGGACGGUCAAUCCCACGUACUAUAACGUGAUUUAUGACGACAACAAGUUAAAGCCGGACCAUAUGCAGCGGCUCACUUUUAAGAUGUGUCACCUCUACUAUAAUUGGCCAGGGCUAAUCAGAGUGCCAGCACCUUGUCAAUAUGCCAACAAAUUGACGUUUUUGGUCAGCCAGAGCAUCCAUAGGGAGCCAAGCCUGGAACUUGCAGACAAGCUUUUCUAUUUGUGAAGAUGCUACAGAAGGGGUGACUGGGAGAAAGAUUUUUGGUUUUUAAAGGAAAGCACUGUCUUGACUUUCUGUGGCUGCUUCAGUUCCAGGAAGAGGAAGGUGUAACAUGCUGGUUUGUUGUAUGUUUUUAAUGACAAUUCUUUGUGUGAAAAUCUCCAUGAUUUCAAGGUGUUGUUUAUUCUUGUAACCGAAUAUUUAAGACUGUGCAACUGUCUUAGAAGAAAAUAUUUUAGAAAAACUCUUUUUUGUAAUUUACUUAUGUAUGUUACUAAAAUGUUUGUAAU